AGUCGAGCCAGCUAUUGCGGCCGAACAUCGACUUCUCAUGCUCAUCAUCAGCCGCUAUCGUGUUCAAGUAGGAGCGAUGUGCAGUGCUUUGUGUUAAAGUGGUCGUGGUGACAUGGCGUCCGUGUUUUAAGUUUUGCAAAUCGUGAUAAUAGCUAAAAUAUUUAUUUAUUUACAAUGAGUGUGAAUUAUGAUAGUGUUUGUAGACUGUGCUUGUCAUCUCGAGGCGAAUUAUUACCAAUUUUCCCUACCACCAGUUCAGAUGACACCGAAUCUCCUGCCCUUGCAUCUAAAAUCAAGGAUUGCGUGUCUGUUCAGAUACACGAAAAUGAUGAAUUACCAACUAAUGUCUGCAGGAAAUGCGUGGAAAACGUCAAUAAUUGGCAUAUUUUCAAGUCAGUUUGUGAAAGGACACAAAACAAAUUACAGUCACUCAUUAACAAGGGGAGCAGCCUACUAGAAGAGAUUAGAGUUAAGAGUGAACCAAAUGAAGGUUUAUCAGAUGAAGCAUAUGAUGAUGGAGUUGUCAUCGAUGGCUCAUAUCCAGACAAUGAGACUCCAACAACUGCUGAUAAGGUUCAACCAGAAGGACCACCGAUCUUGGCAUCACUCGGUCUAACACCUCGCAGUGAUAAGGGAACGGAGAGCGACAAAGAUGAAGAAGAGGAAGAAGCAGAAAUAAAUAAAGAAUCCAAAAAUCCUGUGACACCCAAAAUCCCUGAAGUAUCAAUUACAGUAAUGCGAAAUACAGGUGAAACAUUAAACGCCCGUCAAGGUAUUCAGCAACUUGCUUCCAAAGAUUGUCUAGUGUGUGGUCGAUCUUAUAGAUAUUCCCAUAAUGCACGUCGACACGAACUUAAUUCUCACAGCUUUGAUAGAUAUACAAACAAAAUCACGGCAAAAAAGCAAUACAAUCAUAAUAUGCAACCAAAACUUAGACCAAAUCCAUUUAAUCCGAAGGCUCGUUUAAUGCCAAAUCCAAUAAACCAUAAAAUGCAGCGCUUACAUAGUUCUGUUGCUCCUUUCAAAAUGGCUCCUCAAAAGUUACAAGUCCCACCUAGACCAAUCCCUAUAAGGAAAGCACAACAAAAUAGUCUACCAUAUCCUCUACGCAUUAAAGCUCUGAAAGAUUUACAAAUCAAGAAAAAGGAACCACAAAUUUUAAAAACUUUGCUUACUUCUAAGCCAGAGGUGCUUGUCUCAGAGCCAGAAAUACUCAAUUCGGGGCCUGAAAGUCCCGAGACAUUGAUUUCUGAACCAGAAAUAGCGUCAUUCCAGGUAGAAACUAUUUUGUCGGAACCUGAAGUCUUCGUGGAUCAAAAUCAAGACGAAGUCGAAGCAGAAGUAGAAAAUGAAGAUGAUGUACCAAACAACCAAGGUAGAAAUUAUGACACUGUAGAUAUGGACUCGGAAAAUGAAAUAGAAAUAGCCAGACAGGGAGAGUUCGAAGAUCAACCGAGUGAAACAGUUGAAGAUGAAAUUGAAGAGAAUAUUAAAGAAGAAGUAAGUACUGCCGAUGUUGAAGAAGAGCAAAACGAUGAUGAAAGAGAUGAAACGGACUUUAUUGGUGAUGAACACAAUGAAGAAGACAAUGGUGAGAUUGCCGAGAAGGAAAUCAACGAUAAAGAAGAAAAGGCUACUGAGAAUCAUGGGAAUGACUAUGAUGAUGAACUAGUUCCUAUGGCGCCUGUCGUCGAGAUAAAUGAAGAAAUACAGAAUAAUUCUUACCAUAAUGAAAAUAAUGAAGAGGAAGAAGGAGAUCUUGAUGAAUCUGGUGAUCCUAAUAAUACGGUGGAGGAUGAAGAACCCAAAGAGCUUGACCCAGACAAACAGUAUGUCACUAAAACACAACGUGAAUUUAUUAAAAAAUAUCGAGAUAUCAUUGAACAGAUCAAUACCAAAAGAUGUCUAUGUUGUGAUAGAGAACAUCCUCGAAGAAAAGCUGUUAUACAACACUUGCAGAAGAAUGGCCACAAGGUUCCAAAACAUACCUGUUACAAUUGUGUUGUCACUUUUAGUCACAUUGGAGCUUUGCUUAGCCACAUGCGAUCAAAUACCUGUACUGACUUGUGGAAGAUUAUUUACAACGAAAAUGGUAUAACCGAUGAUCAGGUUCUUGAAGAUGAACCAAAAGAUGCUAAAGUUCAAUACAAAGAUAUAUUUAAUGCAAGGUCAUAUGCAUGCAAAUUAUGUCCUGCAAAAUUCCAAUUGAAACAAUUUAUUAUGAAACAUGUUUUAGAUGUCCAUGAGGACGGACAAUCUCGAGUACAUCUAGCUUGUGUCCAUUGUCGUGCUCGAUUUAAGGAUAAGAGUAUUUGGAAGAGACACAUUCGGAAUGGGGAAUGUACUGUUUAUAUUGCUUGUGAUGUGUGUCCAGAGAAAUUUGGCAACAUGCAAGAUUUUAAUGAACAUGCUUUGGCUAUUCAUGCUGGAAGCUAUGACCCUGAUAAUCAGAACAAGUGUGUUGACGGCCGCAGAACUGAUUGUCCCAUAUGUGGAAAGAAAAACAGUGGCUAUCCAAAUUUAGUUAAACAUUUGAAAAUAGUUCACAAUGAAGAAAAACCACAUUACUGCAAACAUUGUGAUGCCAAAUAUGAAUAUGCUACUGAGCUAAAUAAACACAUAUACAUAGAGCACUCUGAUAAGGUACUUGGAAAACAAGAACCAGAUAUGUCACUUGUAAAAGAGGAAACAGAGGAAUAUCAUUACUCUUGUACAGAGUGCAAUGCCAUAUUUGAGACUGUCGAUGCUUGGACUGAUCAUCAGGUGGCGGAACAUAAUCAAAUUGCUCACCAUUGCGACCAAUGUGAGAAGAAGUUUUUAAGACCUUCGGAACUUGCCGAACAUAAGAACAGCCAUUUGCGUGUCAAAUUCUAUCCCUGCAGUAUUUGUAAUAAUUCUUACAGUACUCCACAAAAACUAUCUGAACAUGUGCAACAAGCUCACCCUGGUGCUACUAUCGUGGGACCCAAUGGUGAGAGUGAAUUCUUUUGUGAUCUUUGUAUUAGAUCAUUCAAGAGCCGACAGGCCUACUCUAAUCAUAUGCGUAUUCAUUCCAAAGUUCCAACCACCAACAGAAAACCGGGAGAACCAAAAGGUUUCUCCCCACAAAUAAUUGGGAAACCAAUUCGUCAUUUCUCGAUAGUACAGCAACCAGGGAUCAGUCAGGCUCCCUAUAAGCCGAAUAUUAAUGUGCCAAAUGCCCCAUAUUCUUGUGACAUUUGUGGAAAAGGAUUCAUGCACAAGAAAAACAUAUGGAAACACAAAAAAGUAUUGCAUGCUGAUAUGGUGAACGAUCGUAAUGACAGUGAAGAGAAUACAAUGCAUGCCUCAACAGAAGAAGAUGAAUACAACCCCGACGAGAAUGGAGCUAUGUUGUCUACGCCACAAUUCAACAGCUUCAACUUCGCCAAUUUGCCAAAUUCUAUGCAAUCAACACCCAGUAAGGAUGCAAUGCCAUUCUCAUGUGAUUUGUGUUAUAAACGAUUCCCACUUAAAACUAGUCUUUGGAAACACAAACGCGCUAAACAUGGAAUAAUAAACGCCAGUUCCACAGACCCUGCAUCAGUGGAAGCGAGCGGCAGUAGUAGGUCGAGUUGCACUAUUUGCAAAAUUAGUUUUGCGGACAAGAAAUCAUAUUAUCGCCACAGAAAGAACGUUCACAAAUCUACAGUGCAGAUGUGUAAACUUUGUGGCAAGCCACUUAACUCGACAUUGGAACUAUAUGAACAUUUGAAAUCGGCGCACGCUCGAGAAUUAUUGGGAUACAAUGAGAGUCAAGGUCCCAGCAAGGCGCAAGAAGUGAUACCUGAUGUAGAUAUGGAUUAUGAACCUGAACAAGAAUCACUAGACCCCAGUGCCGAUUACCAAGCGUGCUACCCCUGCGAUACGUGUGGGAAACAAUUUGUCGGCUUACUCGCGUUACAAAAUCAUCAAUGCGUUAACCAGAUGAACCCUCAAUCCCAGACAUUUGAUUGUGAAAUAUGCCACAAGAGUUACACAUCUAUUGCUGCCUUGAAAAGUCACAGAGGUUGGCAUCUCCGUUCACCGGACGGAAAGGCUGCCGCUAACAACAGCGGCUUGUGGAUGCCCCAAAAUAAAGUAACCAACAAAGUGAGCAAAUAUGAAGUGUUAGAUGCGUCCCAGCUAGCUCGAGUUCAACAUUCCAUAGCACCGACACCGUCGUCAUCGUCUGCAGCAGUCAAGCGAAGACUGCCUCCCGAAGUCGAGGUUACCGUGGUCAAUCCGAACAAAAAAUUACGAUCCGACGACUCUGUAGAUAUUGACAAUCAGACGAACAUGUCCACCGGCAUUGACGACAGAUACUGCAACAUAUGCGAUAGGGAGUUCACGAAACGGGCUGCAUAUCAGCGUCAUAUGGAUGAGGUUCAUCAACCGAAUUCGGUAUUUUGUCCCGUAUGCGACAAGAGUUUCACAAGAAAAUCGACAUUAAUUGUUCACAUGAAGAAACAUUACGAUGGCGGUGAAGGUAGUUCUGUGAUGACGCAGGUGGAUGACGAAAUAUACGCUUGUGAAGUUUGCGGAGAGAGGUUCAAUAACUCAGCCGAGUACAACAUGCAUCGAGAGUCGCAGCACGGUGAAGAUGAGACGGCUGGAGAGUCUGAGGAGGAUGAUGGUGGUUCGAUACCGAUGCCGCAGCCUGGUGAGUUCACCUGCGCGCAGUGCGGAGACGGAGUGGCAACGCCGCGGGACCUGAUAGCUCACCGAACGAUGCACGCCACACCAACUAAGUUCUAUUGCAACAUUUGCAACGUCUACUUCGCGAGGGCAAUAGAUUUGUCUUCACACACUCGGGCGAGGCAUGCUGACAACGAGAAAGUUUUCUUCCCGUGCGCCAUGUGCGACCGAUUUUAUAUGAACAAAAAGAGUUUACAACGACACAUCGAAAUGGCCCACUGAUCUUAAUUACGUAUGGUACAAUACCCCAUCAUAGAGCAAACAUUUAUUAAUGAACUUGCUAAGUAAAUAUACGCCGAUUAAUUUCGUACUCUCAGUAUGGAGAACUUAAGUUUGUUAUCAUUCCUUAUUCGGUUUGGUUUGUGUUCGUUUAUUAUUUAAGUUUUAAGCCUGCUCAUAAAAUUGUGUUAUUUAUUAUGCAUACUCUGCAAUCUGCAGUCACUCUUUUAAGUACUUUAAUUUUACAUUUUAAUCAUAGAAUGACUGACACUACUUAUCAAGGUUUACAGACUUCAUACUAUUGUGUAAUUAUAACACAUAUGAUAUAAUUAAGUAAAGUGACCGUUCUUCUGUAUUUUAAAUACUGAAGUAAGCUUAUUAGCAUGGUAAAUAUAUACAUUUUAGUGUAAUGUGAGAUGUCGGAACCUUUUCAGAACAUUCACGUGAAAAGCCAAAAAUGUUGGUUAAUCUUGUUAAUAAAUUGAAUUACUUUUGUGUAAAUAUGUUUCGAUUAAUCUUUGGGAUUUAUUAUUUUCUAUAGCCAUGAUUAAGUUUUAAUAAAGUAAUUCAUUAUUAAUUAAUAUAGGAACUAGAAUGUAUAUUUUGUAUUGAUAAGCCGCCACACGACGGCUCUGUUUUACUGGUACUCAUCUAUGGCGAACGUACCUACAAUGUUGAUGACUGAAUUUGCUAGUAAACAUUCGGUUUAGCUUUAGUACUUAAGAUUUUUCUAUGAAUUGAUCAAAUCAUUUCAAAUAUAUACAAGCUUUGUUGUUUUCAAUAUGCGACCAAGCCAAAUAUGCCAAGCAAUUUUUUCUAAUUUCUUGUCUAAGUCAAAGUUAUUGGACACACAAUAAUAAAAAUUCAUUAUAUUGUAUGAUAUCAUGAUUAUUACUAACUGCAACAGCGAAAUUGUGUUCAUGAAAAUUAUGUUCAAAAUUCCAAAUCAAAAAAUCUAAAUCCAUCAUGUAAGCACUUACUGAUUUAUAUUAUGUAAUUGUAUAGCUUAUCCAUAGAUGAGGUUGUCAUAUUUUUGAUUUCGUUAAUAAAGCAAUUUUAAGUAAUAA